AUGCCACACUCCGUGUCGUCAGAAGCAACCUCACCACCAAACGAUAUCGUGGCCCACGACGAAUUAAUGGCUGACUCCCCUGCCCCCCCCGUCGCCAGCCAGGCGACUGACGGCGACGUUGCGAUGGCCGAGAUUGAUGCGCCGGCGCCCGCCACCGAGGAUAAGAGAGAUGUCAAGCUGGAGGACUUGUUCAUAGACGGGGACUCAGACGACGAGUUUCCCAGCUCAAAACCGCAAGACACACCGUCAUCAAGUUCCCCGGGGAUUGCGACACCCCUUUCACCAACAGACAUUGCGGAUUUGAAAGCGUCAGACCCCGAGGUGAUGCGCAGUUUCUACCAGCGCCUGUUCCCUUGGAGAUACCUCUUCCAAUGGUUGAACCACAGUCCGUCGCCGACCAACGACUUUGCCCACAGAGAGUUCGCCUUUACGCUGCAGAACGACGCUUACCUACGAUAUCAGUCUUUCCCAACCCAUGACCUCCUCCGCAAGGAUGUCCUCCGCCUCAUGCCCUCUCGUUUCGAAAUCGGCCCCGUCUACAGCACGAACCCGCGCGACCGCAAGACCCUCCGCAACGCCAGCGCCUUCAAGCCCCUCGCCAAGGAGCUGUGCUUCGAUAUCGAUCUGACGGACUACGACGAGAUCAGAACCUGCUGCGACAAGGCCAACAUUUGCAUCAAGUGCUGGCAGUUCAUCACCAUGGCGAUCAAGGUCGUCGACGUCGCCCUGCGCGACGACUUUGGCUUCAAACACAUCAUGUGGGUGUAUUCCGGCCGGAGAGGUGCCCACGCGUGGGUGUGCGACAAGAAGGCACGGACAAUGGGCGAUCAAUUGCGCCGGUCGAUCGCGGGGUACCUGGAGGUUAUCAAGGGCGGUGCGCAGAGCGGGAAGAAAGUGAAUCUGUGGCGGCCACUGCACCCCCACGUGGCACGGAGUCUCGAGACCCUCAAGUCUCAUUUCCAAGAAGACGUUCUCGAGGCACAAGACCCCUGGGCCUCCAACGAGCGCGCCGAGCGCCUCCUCCAGCUGCUGCCGGACAAGAACCUCAACGAGUCGCUCCGCAAGAAGUGGGACGCCGCUCCCGGGCGGUCGUCCGUCUCCAAGUGGGCCGACAUUGACACAGUGGCCAAGAGCGGCGCGAGCAAGAAUCUCGACGCCAAAGCGCUCCUUGAGGCCAAGCAGGACAUCGUGCUUGAGUACACGUACCCGCGCCUCGAUAUCGAGGUCAGCAAGAAGCUCAACCAUCUGCUCAAGUCGCCCUUCGUCGUCCACCCCGGCACUGGCAGGGUGUGCGUGCCGAUCGACACCAGGACGCUCGAAGACUUUGACCCGCUCGGUGUGCCGACGGUGCAGAGCCUGCUGGCGGAGAUCGAUGCGUGGAAGAGCGACGAGGACGCCGAUGCGGGUGGUUCGCAGCAGAAGAGCGUGCAGGACUGGGAGAAGACGAGCCUGAAGCCGUACGUGGAGCAGUUCCGGUCCUUUGUUAUUGGUUUGAUGAAGGACGAGAGGGACGGCAAGAUCAAGAGGGAGAGGGAGGAGGACGCCAUGGAUUUUUGA